UUUCUGUCAGUGGGUAGGAGACACCGUAGAGCCUCGGAGAGGGCGCUGGGGGAGUGAAACAUUUCUCCUCUUCCUUUCACAGGCGCGCGGGAAGCAGCCUACCCACCCCCAACCCUGUCGCUGCUCCCACCUUCCGCCGCCGCCGCCUUGAGGGAAGUCGGAGCGACGGGGGUCACGGCGGGGGUCAGAGGGUAAAGGUCUUGCUCCCAGCAGCCUCCGCGGUGGAUACGUCGCCAUCUUGGAUCCGCGGGACAAGAAAAUUCAUGCGAGGGAGAACUGGUGGGCGGUCCUUCCUGUGACACGACCCUUGAGUGACAGUUCUAUUUGAUUGCCUCCAGUACUGUGAGGAAAGGACACGACUCUAUGGUGAGGACUGAUGGACAUACAUUAUCUGAGAAAAGAAACUACCAGGUGACAAACAGCAUGUUUGGUGCUUCAAGAAAGAAGUUUGUAGAGGGGGUCGACAGUGACUACCAUGACGAAAACAUGUACUACAGCCAGUCUUCUAUGUUCCCCCAUCGGUCAGAAAAAGAUAUGCUGGCAUCACCAUCUACAUCAGGUCAGCUGUCUCAGUUUGGGGCAAGUUUAUACGGGCAACAAAGUGCACUAGGCCUUCCAAUGAGGGGAAUGAGCAACAAUACCCCUCAGUUAAAUCGCAGCUUAUCACAAGGCACUCAGUUACCGAGCCACGUCACGCCAACAACAGGGGUACCAACAAUGUCACUUCACACGCCUCCAUCUCCAAGCAGGGGUAUUUUGCCUAUGAAUCCUAGGAAUAUGAUGAACCACUCCCAGGUUGGUCAGGGCAUUGGAAUUCCUAGCAGGACAAAUAGCAUGAGCAGUUCAGGGUUAGGUAGCCCCAACAGAAGCUCGCCAAGCAUAAUAUGUAUGCCAAAGCAGCAACCUUCUCGACAGCCUUUUACUGUGAACAGUAUGUCUGGAUUUGGAAUGAACAGGAAUCAGGCAUUUGGAAUGAAUAACUCCUUAUCAAGUAACAUUUUUAAUGGAACAGAUGGAAGUGAAAAUGUGACAGGAUUGGACCUUUCAGAUUUUCCAGCAUUAGCAGACCGAAACAGAAGGGAAGGAAGUGGUAACCCAACUCCAUUAAUAAACCCCUUGGCUGGAAGAGCUCCAUAUGUUGGAAUGGUAACAAAACCAGCAAAUGAGCAAUCCCAGGACUUCUCAAUACACAACGAAGAUUUUCCAGCAUUACCUGGUUCCAGCUAUAAAGAUCCAACAUCAAGUAAUGAUGACAGUAAAUCUAAUUUGAAUACAUCUGGCAAGCCAACUUCAAGUACAGAUGGACCCAAAUUCCCUGGAGAUAAAAGCUCAACAACACAAAAUAAUAAUCAGCAGAAAAAAGGGAUCCAGGUGUUACCUGAUGGUCGGGUUACUAACAUUCCUCAAGGAAUGGUGACGGACCAAUUUGGAAUGAUUGGCCUGUUAACAUUUAUCAGGGCAGCAGAGACAGACCCAGGAAUGGUACAUCUUGCUUUAGGAAGUGACUUAACAACAUUAGGCCUCAAUCUGAACUCUCCUGAAAAUCUCUACCCCAAAUUUGCAUCACCCUGGGCAUCUUCACCCUGUCGACCUCAAGACAUAGACUUCCAUGUUCCAUCUGAGUACUUAACGAACAUUCACAUUAGGGAUAAGCUGGCUGCAAUAAAACUUGGUCGAUAUGGAGAAGACCUUCUCUUCUAUCUCUAUUACAUGAAUGGAGGAGACGUAUUACAACUUUUAGCUGCAGUAGAGCUUUUUAACCGUGAUUGGAGAUACCACAAAGAAGAAAGAGUAUGGAUUACCAGGGCACCAGGCAUGGAACCAACAAUGAAAACCAAUACAUACGAGAGGGGAACAUAUUACUUCUUUGACUGUCUUAACUGGAGGAAAGUAGCUAAGGAGUUCCAUCUGGAAUAUGACAAAUUAGAAGAACGGCCUCAUCUGCCAUCCACCUUCAACUACAACCCUGCUCAACAAGCCUUCUAAAAAGACUUCCCUUUUCUUGGGGUAUGGCUGUCUCAGCACAAUACUCAACAUAACUGCAGAACUGAUGUGGCUCAGGCACCCUGGUUUUAAUUCCUUGAGGAUCUGGCAAUUGGCUUACGCAAAGGGUCACCAUUUGAGGUCCUGCCUUACUAAUUAUGUGCUGCCCAACAACUAAAUUUGUAAUUUGUUUUUCUCUAGUUUGAGCAGGGUCUGAAUUUUUUCAUUUAUUUUCAUUUUUGCCAGCAGACAAAACAGACUUGGGUCUGUAAAGACAAGCAAGUAUACUGACAGAAGUUUACCAUUUAGUUUCUUAAAUGUAAAAAAGAAAACCCACAAAAGACUCAACAAAAUUAGACCACAAAAUUUGCUUUGUUCAUUGUAGCACUAUUGGUAAUAAAAUAACAAAUGUUUGUGCAUUUUUAUGUGAGGAUCCUUCUCGUAUUUCAUUUGGAAAGAUGAGCAAGGUCUGCUUCCUUCAUUUUACUUCCCCUUCUGUUUUUGAAAGGCAGUUUCGCCAAGCUUAACGCAAGAAUAUCUGACUGUUUAAAAGAAUGAUAUUGCCACAAUCUCUGGAUGGUCUCCAGGGUUGUGUUAUUACUGAGCUUCAUCUUUCCAGAAUGAGCAAAACACUGUCCAGUCUUUGUUACGAUUUUGUAAUAAAUGUGUACAUUUUUUUUAAAUUUUUGGACAUCACAUGAAUAAAGGUAUGUAUGUACGAAUGUGUAUAUAUUAUAUAUAUGACAUCUAUUUUGGAAAAUGUUUGCCCUGCUGUACCUCAUUUUUAGGAGGUGUGCAUGGAUGCAAUAUAUGAAAAUGGGACAUUCUGGAACUGCUGGUCAGGGGACUUUGUCGCCCUGUGCACUAAAGGGCCAGAUUUUCAGCAGCCAAGGACAUCCAUACCCAAGUGAAUGUGAUGGGACUUAAAGAAGUGAACUGAGACAAUUCACUCUGGCUGUUUGAACAGCAGCGUUUCAUAGGAAGAGAAAAAAAGAUCAAUCUUGUAUUUUCUGACCACAUAAAGGCUUCUUCUCUUUGUAAUAAAGUAGAAAAGCUCUCCUCACUGCAGUGUUGACUUUGAUUUGAAAUUGUGAAAUUAUUUCUUCAACAUGAAAAUUAGAGGGAAAACAAGUUUUACAAAUAUCAAACGGGAUGGUAUGACUGAAUUUAAAAUGUCUUUUGCAGCUUUCAACAAUUUAAUAGAAGUAUAGUGAACCAUUUUACGUGUAGAUUAAAAAUGUAGACAGAAGUAUUAAGGAUAGAAACUUUUAAAAAUGGAUUACGGCAGCAUCCACAACACUCUCCGGGCCCAAUUGGAACACUUUUUCUCUGUGAGGAAUUUCAUGAUAGACUUUUGAGAUCUAUCUUUAAGAAGUAAUGCACAAAUGAAGGUAAGACCAAAAGUGAGGUGGGGUAGACUUUACCUUCAGUUUGGUAGCCUGGAUGUUUCAUUUUUAUAGGUUGAUGAAUUCUUUGCUCAUCUAAAUAUAAAUACUGUAUUUAAAAAUAUCUGAAGACUGAAGCUACCAAAGCAGAACUAGAGAUAGGGAGUAGAAAAAAGCCAGUGAGUUUUUAAUUUUUUAAUUUUUAAUUUUUAACUAUUUUUCUAAAAGAGUGAAAGUUUGUUGACAUUCACCAAAUCAUGUUUGAAAAUUAAACAUUUACGACAUUUAUGUGUUUGUGUGUCAGGAAUAUAAAAUGACUUAAAAUUUACCUUUUCUAUGUAUUUUGAGAUAUUAGAAACUGUCAAAAAAUACCAGGAUUUUUUACCUUUCAGAAUUAAACCAAAGCAUCUCCUCAGUAGGAAAGAUGGCAGUUAGGUAAUUAUAGUUUUAACUUUUGUGCAAAAAAAAAAAAAAAAAGAAAAAACCA